AAAUAUAAGAAAGAUUAUAGCAACGUUAUCAAUCUGGAUCAUUAUGAUUUAUUAUAUCUCCGUAACUUGAUUUCCUAUAAAUGUCCGGAAAGUGUACCGAAAAAUGCAUACUUUUUGGACAUGUUCUUGAUUACCUAG